CAGAAAUAACCAGGCAAUUUUCGGUAUGCAACGAAGUGCGGGCCUGGUCCUCUGGACCUCGCGACAGCUUGUUGUCGGAUCGUCGCGAGCGAUCGCCACCGCACCUCCCACUCCGAAGCGAAAGAUCAAAGUCGAAAACCCCGUGGUAGACCUUGAUGGAGACGAAAUGACUAGAAUUAUUUGGGCAGAAAUCAAGAACAAGCUCAUUUUACCAUAUGUCGACCUCGAUAUCAAAUAUUUUGAUCUCGGUCUGCCUCGCAGAGAUGAAACGGAUGAUCAGAUCACCGUCGAUGCUGCCGAAGCAAUAAAAAAGUACAGUGUAGGAAUAAAGUGUGCUACAAUAACACCAGAUGAGGCAAGAGUGAAAGAAUUCAAAUUGAAGAAAAUGUGGCUUUCACCGAAUGGGACAAUCCGAAACAUCCUCGGUGGCACCGUAUUCCGUGAGCCAAUCCUUUGCAAAAACAUACCACGACUUGUACCGGGCUGGGUAAAACCCAUUGUUAUUGGUAGGCAUGCGUUCGGGGAUCAGUACCGCGCAACAGACCUCGUCGUUCCACAAGGGGCAACGUUACAAUUAGUUGUCAAAGGAGCGGAUGGUAAAGAUGAAACCAGGACUGUCUUUGAAUAUACAAAUUCGGCUGGUGUAGGCAUGGCAAUGUACAAUACAGAUGAGAGCAUACGAGGUUUUGCUCAUUCAUGCUUCCAAUAUGCUCUUAUGAAGAAAUGGCCGCUAUAUCUUAGUACGAAGAACACAAUUUUGAAGCGGUAUGACGGCCGAUUCAAGGACAUCUUCGCAGAAAUUUACGCAGCAAACUACGAGAAAGAUUACAAAAAUGCUGGCAUAUGGUAUGAACAUCGAUUGAUUGACGAUAUGGUAGCACAAGUUCUGAAGAGCGCUGGCGGAUUCGUUUGGGCUUGCAAGAACUACGAUGGUGAUGUUCAGAGCGAUAUCGUAGCUCAAGGAUAUGGUUCACUUGGGCUGAUGACGUCUGUCUUGAUGUGCCCAGAUGGCAAGACAAUCGAAGCUGAAGCCGCCCACGGAACUGUCACUAGGCACUACAGAGAGUACCAGAAGGGUAAUCCCACUUCUACCAAUCCCGUAGCUUCCAUUUUCGCCUGGUCUCGUGGUCUACAUCAUCGCGGUGUGCUUGACAAAAACGAAGAGCUCAAAAAGUUUGCUCUCAAAUUAGAGAAAGCUUGCAUCGACACCAUUGAAGCAGGAAAUAUGACAAAAGAUUUAGCCAUUUGCAUCCACGGUUCGAAAAAGGGAGCCGAGAAAGGCAUGUACCUAGUAACGGAAGACUUCCUCAACGCAAUUGCUUCAAAUCUAUCGGGCCUUGUCUCAUAG